AAAGAGAGGUAUUGGAGGUGUCAGCCAGCCUCCUUAGUAUUCACUCCAACACCCUGUGACUCACAGCCUCAGCCUGAGAGCGUGAGAAGGGUAGUGGUGGAGCUAGAGAUAGAAGAGAAAGAGGGAAAGAGAGAGCAGGACAAGAGGAGGCACAAUGAACAUCAGGCAGCAUUUUCUGUAGCCCCAGGCUCACGUGUUUAUAUCUGUAUGUGUUUGCAAGCAUGCCCGCCCAAGGGGAUUAAUUUUUUGACAGCUUUGUUAAGCCUUCUCUUAAGCGCUGAGCUUCUCAAUAACAUCGUGGCUGUGUGAUUUUCCGAAUGUCUCUCUGUGAUUUCUCUUCACAAGGGAAGCUGGAGAGAGAGACAGAAAGAGAGAGGCAAAGACUAGUGCUCAACAUGACAGCAGGCAUUCUUUGAGUGGCUCCUCGGUGUGGAGGAAGUGGACCAUAAGAAGCUGGCUGUGAAGCUCCUCUUCAUUCACUGACUGCAUUGCAUUGGUCGAUAGUUAAAUUUUUCCACAGCCCAUUUUCUGUGUCCGACUCUGUCUGUCUUUGUCUCAAUAUUCAAUCCUUCUGGUUGUCUCUUCUUGUCACUCAAUGUCUCUUCAUUCCUCUGUCAGUUUGUAUUUAGUUUAAUCUCUGCCCCUCCUUCUUCUGCUUCCUCCGCUCUGUCGCUUUCUAUUUCAUCUCUCCUUUUUGCUUGCUCCCCCCCAGUCCUACUCCCAGUCUCAAGUCUAUCCCCUUUGAUGAAACCACAGAUGUUGAUAAGAAUGUGUAACUUUGUCUGGGUAGGUUGAAAAGAUGGAGGGAGGAAAGGGAGAGAAGCACAAACGCGCACAGCGUUAAGGUUAAUCCCCUUACAAGUCCACACACACAUGGAGUCAAAGGGUAGCGAGGCGGAGGUAAUAAACAGCGAAUGCAACAGACAGAAAACCAGGCUCACUGUGAGGGGGAGAUGGGUGAGGACAGUGUGGCAAAUAAAAGUGAGAAAUUGGUUUUGGGAGACAGCUUUUUCAGUCAAGCUCUGUCUCCCCUUCAUGACUUCCACUCUGCAUGAUGACAAGUGCCUGCUGCUGUUCCCAUUGGUCGAACCUGCCACCAAUCAGAGCAGAGGCAUGUAAGGUGCCUUUAGGUUAUAUCCAAUCCCUAAAAAACAAGGAGCAGAGAGAGGGAGAGAAAGCCAGAAUGGGAAAGGGAGUUGUGUGCUUCAUAGAGAGAGACCAAAGCAGAUGUUGACUUUAAAGUAGAUCGAACUGCUUUCCUUUUGAAGUGAUACAGUAGACAGGAAACUGGUUGUCAGCUGUUUGUUGGAGACCACACCACAAUUCCUCCUGGCUGCUGUGGAGAAGAAGAUCUUGGCUCUGUAGUCUCCCCCCUGCCAGCGUGAUUGGCUGUCACACUUUAGGCUCCCCCUUCUCUCUUUUUCUUCUUCACUCUCUCUCUCUCUUACUCUCUCUCUCUCUCUCUCUGUCUCCUCUGUGCUGUCCUGAGGCUUACCUGAGCCAUCACUGCAGAAACAGAGGACCCCCCUCCUCACACACACACACACACACACUCGUGCUGUUUCUCUCUCACACUCAGUUUUUCACCUGGAUAGGGCAGGCGCAAGGGACGGCAUGUGCAGCAGCAGCAGCAGUCUCUCCUCACAUCUAGCGCUACCUCUCUGAGUUGCCUCUUUCUGGAGAGUGGAGAGCAACUCUGAAAAAGACAUUUUGGAGCCAUUGUACACUUGGAGAAAACAGGAGAGACGGGGGGCAGUGAGGGAACACUUGUCAACCCAGGGACACCAAAGGCAACGCACAGCAAUGAUUUUGGGUGAGUUGUUGCUUUUUGGCGCAUCGGAUUUUAGAAGACAUCAGUCAGGCUGUUGAAUCACUAAUCCCUACUUAAACUUGGCCACCAGCAGCUCUGUUUUAUUUAUUUUUUUAGUAGUCUGCUUGGUUUUGAUUGCACAGAGACAUCUGUCAAUACCAAGCGCCUGGGUCAACCUCUAAAUUACAGAUAGUGUUUGUAAUUACGCUAAUAGUGUGCCAUUUAUGUGGCAGGUGUGAGUGAUGACAUAGAAGGUCAAAGCAUUUGCGCUGGACUGUAUCAUUAUGGUCUGUUUGGUCACAUGACCAGACUCCACCACUCUCAUGUUCUGUCAGAAGGGGCUAAGUGACAAAGAUGGUUUCAGCUGAACUUGGUGAUAACUGAUGUCAUGCGGUUUUAUACAAACAGUCAGUGAAGAAUUCGUGACUUUCUUCUGAUGAUUUGUUACUGUGGCACUCAAUUUCUCCUCAACCUUGCAUUGCUGCCAUCCUGAUUAAUGAUAAGCGUCCAAGUCAUCAAACACAUUUUAAAAAGAAGAUUCAUUCCUUAGCAUGCAGGAGAGUAUAGAUUCCAGUUACUAGACAUUGUUGUGUUGUCAGUCAGCCAGCACUUUCUUCUUUAGUAUGCUGGUCUCAUAGUGGCCAUGUCUAGGAGAGGGGAUUCUGUGUGGUCUGUGUGUGCUUUGCAUUCGGCUUGUAGAUUCAUACAGAGGUUUUAAAAGGAAAUUCGCUUGUAAAAAUGUUCUAGAGUCUUCUUAUUUGCACAUGGCCAUGACUGUGAAGCCGUGUGUGCUUACUGCCCAUGUAUUACUUCGAAAUGUGUGUGUGCGUUGAUGCACGCUCUCCCGGAGAGGCCACUUUGUUUUAACGCAUGCCUGGGCUGAUUCAGGCGCAGUUCUGCUUCUCUGCUCUCCCGGCAGGCAUGUUUUUCAAGCAGAUAACUUUAAUGAUUAUGGGGAGUCAUGCAGUCUGAGGUGUGGGAGCUCAAAGUGUGUGUGUAACUGUGAGCUAAAGGUUUUCAACCAGUCACUAAAGUUUUUUAGAACAGCCAUCAAAGAGAUAACUUUUUCACUUUGGGAAGGUUUGUAAUUUUUGUUAAAUAACAUUAAAAUUUAUCUCUAUUUUAAGGGUUAUAUUUUGCACUUCUGAAGCUGGUUAAAAAUGAACAAUUCGACUUGAGCCUCAUGUAACAGACAAGUACUGUCUUGAUCAGGUUGCAGGUGGUAGCAGCUCCCGUAAAUGAUAUUUGGGUAGGACAUCUUGACACCAACAUCCCCCCCCCCUUCAACUACAACUCUGCUGGUUGAGGUUAAACUUUAGCGUAGUUAUUGGAGUGUGUGUAUUUGAAUUUUGAUGGAAGCAAUAUCACACAGAACGUAACUUCUGUUGUGCAGUAACAUAAAUUUGGCCUCUGCAUAAAGACUGAUGUCAGUGUUAAUCGGUUACACCACAGAUCUUUUUUCUAUUUUACAGAAACGGUGAUAAUGAACUGUAGCUCUAACGUUCAAAAUCUGUGUGUUUCUCAUUGCAUCUAAUGAUUUGUCAAACCUUUCCACUUCACACCUGCCGAAAAAGCUGACCCAAGGCUUCUGCUUAUUAAGUUGUCACUCAGAUAGGCAUCUUUCAUUAUUUCUGUCUGAACACUGAGAUUUUCUCGUGCCUAACAUUCUGCUCCAUUUGCAUGAUGAUGUGGCUACUGAGUGAUUUGACAUUUCUAGCUUUCUUCUUCUGAAAAGGGUAAUGUCAUUGUAAUGACCUUUACAAUUCUGGCACUGGUUGAUGUCGACCUCCAAUCAGCAAAUUUCCUGAUUAAGCUCCCUGAUAUAAAUCUGCAACGUUGUGAUAACAUAUCUCAAUUGGAAAUGUGUGUCGUUAUAAAAAUGCAGUUAAAGAAAGAAAUGUGUUUUUGAGUAUGCCUGCGAGAACCGCAUGCUCCAGCGAUUGUGUCUGCAUGGCUACUGGUGUUUUUCUCUUUCCACUGUUUUCUGUGACCUUGAGCAAACAACCUUUACCAGUGCGGCUCUGUCCCUGAUGCUGUACACAAUUCUAUUGUAAUUAGCUUUGUCGGCAUUCUGGAGGCCUGACAGAGGCUUUUGGCUGCUGUAAUAGUAAUGACAAUUCUGAAGUUGAUCAUUGCAAUGGCAGUGUGCUUAUAUACAAAGCUGCAGGCAGCCAGCAUAGCUGUCUGCCUGCUGUCUGUCUGUCUGGCAUGGGCUCUGCACCGAGGUAUUGGUAUGAGACUGCUGCUGGUCAGUACAUGCGUGUGCGCGCAUGUGUGUGUGUGUGUGUGUGUGUGUGUGUGCGCGCGCGCGUGCGUGUGUGCAUGUCUGUGCGCGUGUGCAUGUGUGUGUUUGUGGAUAAAAAAGAGAGAGAAACAGCAAGAGAACAAUGGCGACCUAAUAACGAACAUGAUCACUGGGCUCCUGUUAGUGUAGAGCUUCUCAGUUGACUGUGGAGUCAUGGUGAUCAGCCGCCAUGAUGUCUAGCACAAACCAUCUACGCCUGGAGUGAGUUCCUGGUGUGGAGUCCACAUUUAGACAGGAACUGUCUGUAUUGCCCUCUUACUGUCACCAGAUAUUGCAUAGUGACUGUCUGACAAGCAUUCCUGGUAAAAUCUACUUUGUUAGCAUCAUUGCAAAGUUUUUGGGGGAGGACCUGUCAUGUCAUGAGCAGUUCAUGUUUAAACGUUGCUUCAUGUCUCAUCUGUCUUGUCUGUUUGAGUCAGAUCUGACCUCCCGAGCUCAGGGCCAUGCAGCCAAUCUGUCUCUUUGUUUUUGUGUUUGAGCGUCCACUCCUACCUCAUCUGUCUCCAUAAAGUUUAUCUUUCUGUUCCUGUCUGCAUAGCUAUUGCUUAUUCCAUUCACCGAGCUCUGCAACCCCCUUCUUUUAAUUGACUGCACACACCUGGUUCCAGAGGUCAAGUCAAAGACAUCAUAAAAAAAUGUGUUUGAGCAGAUCAGCAAUGCUCCCCAUCCCCAUUUUCUUCAUGACUGUGCUGCUCUCUUUGUUUAUGUCAAAGUGACAUAGUAAUUAUAACUCAUUAAUGAGCCAGAUAUUUGGUAUUCAUGCCCCAGUAUUUUUCCUCUAUGCUUCUUUGCAUAUCCAAGACAUAAGGGGAAUACUUGAGAGCUGCUGGAACUGCAGGAAUUCUGCAACCCCAUUUUCUACCUUUCUGCAAAGUGGACCUUUGGUUUCACCAGUUUGUGUUGUAGAAUAUCAUGAUGCCAUUCAGCAGGAAGAGGAGGCAUCAAUCGAGCUGGGGCAGCAGUGCCGACAUUCUUACGGACCCCCACAGUGAUCCAACCCCACUUGGACAUGAAGCCCUUCCUGCAGUUCCCAGUGGAGACCCCCCCUCCUCCACACAGCAUGAGCCUCUUCCACAACUUCAAUACGAUGGACCCGGUGCAAAAGGCUGUGAUCAACCACACAUUUGGAGUUCCUCUGAUCAAGACCAAGCGACCAGUCAUCUCCUGUAACGUCUGCCAGAUCCGCUUCAACUCAGAGAGCCAGGCAGAAGCCCACUACAAAGGGAACCGCCAUGCCAGGAGAGUCAAAGGCAUCGAGACCUCUAAGAGUCGUCCUCAAGAAGGAGACAAACCUCACACCCUGCCCCCCACCUCCUCCCCAUCUCCGCCUGGAGCUCCUGGCACAGCCCCAGACAGUGAGCCCAGCAAAGCAGAUGAAACACGGCCUAUGUCACGGAUAAAUGGACCCUUACUGGCACCGGGGCCCCUUCCACCUCUUCAAACCCCACCUACCCCACCCAUGGAUUCCCCUGUGCCAUCAGUGUGCCCUCUCAUUCCCACCCCUACUCCUCCACUGGUCCCCCCGACCUCUUCUUCCCCAGGCUGCGGGAGCAGCCUCACCAACUCAGAGCAGGUUGGAUCAGGAACCCCGGUUUCAGGAGCCGUUGGCAUUUCGGCUUCAAACAGCCCAUCCAACCCAGAGACCGAGGAGGACAAGGCCAAGAAGCUGUUGUACUGCGCACUGUGCAAGGUGGCUGUGAAUUCCUUGUCACAACUGGAGGCGCACAACAAAGGUACGAAACACAAAACUAUCCUGGAGGCACGGAGCGGGCUGGGCCCUAUAAAGGCAUAUCCUCGCCUGGGCCCCAAGCCCAGUGGAGAGCAGGGAGGAGGGCCGGUGGACCCCAACACUCAGGAACGAACCUUCCACUGUGAGAUCUGCAAUGUGCGGGUCAACUCUGAACUGCAACUAAAACAGCACAUAUCAAGUCGAAGGCACCGGGAUGGUAUGGCGGGCAAGCCUAACCCUCUCCUCAGCCGACACAAGAAGCACAGGGGAGCUGAUCUAACGUCUUCUUUGACCUUCUCCAAGGAUCUCACCAAAGCUUUGGGUGCCGGGCUGUUGCCCAACCCUUUGGCGGUUGCGGCAGCAAUGGCCGCCGCAGCGUCCUCAAACCCACUGGCUCUCCGCGCGGCUGCUCCCGCACACCAUCCACCUCAUCACAUUUUGCAAGGCCCGCCUCUCAGCCACGCAAUCCUGAGACCUGCCCCGGGGCCCAUCCGCACCACCCACGGGCCAAUCCUCUUCUCUCCUUACUGACACAUAACCAUCUGACUUCAGCCAGUCAGGAACAUCCACUCCAAAAGCACACUGUGAAGCUACAAACAUGAUCAACUAACAGCAAUUGAUAAGGGGGGGGAAAAAAUCUGAUAAUAUAAAUAUCUGACUGAGAGAAUAGCAAGGGAACAGUGGAAAGGAGUACAAGUCUCUAUUUUUCCCUUUACCUGAAACUCUCCAUUCACUCUCCCUCCAUUUCAAAAGACUUUUUGAGUGAUCUGCAGAUGGAAUUAUCAGAGAUUGAUAGUCAUUAUGCAUCAAACUCCCUUGUACAUUUCUCACCUCCUGGUCCCUCCCUUGCACUGUGGCCCUCUUGUGGCCACCUCAAUAGCUACAGAAGAAACACAUGCAGACCUUUCUAGAAACGUUCAACCACAUGUAGUGUUACAUAAUUAUUCCGGGACAGGUUGUUUUUUCCACCUGUCACCAUGGCUAAAUGUGUUCUUCUCAUCCUAUGCACCUCAAAAACAAAGACAAUAAUGUUAUGUCAGUAGGGUAGCUGCUUCCAUCAGUCUUUGCUGUGUGCGCCACAUGUAGCUGUACAGGCUUCAACGGCACUGUACAUGUCCUGCUCCGUGCCGGAGGUCAGCAGCUCUCCAAUUUGUGACAUUAGGUCUCCGCUAGAUACAACAUGACUUUGGCUGACAGGCAGGUGGUAGCCACAUCCGAACAUGUCUGAUGGUUGGGGGGAUGAGUGGAGCAGAAAAGUGACUGUGGGGGGUUGUUCUUUGCUGUCAUUUCCUGAGAGGGUGAGGUGAGAGGAAGGCUGGCACGGGUCACUGGAUGGAUUCACCACAGGCAACUUGCAGACAUACACAGGCCUGGACAAAUAUGUUUUAAAAUAGAUUGUACCAACAAAAAUUGCUACAAGGCACAUCUGCCAACCUCCAUAACAGUCAGAGAAUAGGCUCACCAAAGGGGAGAGGAGAUGAAAGAAGCAGCAGAAAUCACACAUUAAUACAUAUUGUACUGCCGGGUUUAAAUACUCGAUCACCAUCUUUAGCUUUGAUUGCAUUUUAUGGAAAGAAUUCUGCAGUUUUACGAACAGCAGUUUGAAAUAAAGUACUUGGGAGAGAGAAAGAGAGGAUAGGUGUUAUGGUUCAGCUUGGAUUAUUUCAAAGCCAAUCAUCAUCCUCACAUCUCCCUGGUCUUCAUUCGCAGGCUGACUGUGUAGGUGGGCAAGUAUGACUUGUGUACCACCCUUUGUCCUAAUUUCUUCUCCAUGCCACCUCACAACAGGAUGCUACACAGCGUUCUGCAUCACUGGGUUGACCUCUCCCAAUUCCUGCACUAUCCUUCUCCUCAGCUCCCUACUAUCCAAAGGUUCAUAUGAGUCUAUUGUGGGAGACACAUCAACACUGGCAACCACGAUGCUGAAAGGCAACAAAUUAAAUAGAGGAAGUUGAAAGCCAAAUACAUUCUUUGACAAAUGAUCUUGAGCUGAAGCGACAACCAAGCCAGAAGCCCAGAGAAGCCGCCCGGAGCAGGAGCCGAGACGUCCAGCCCAAGGCAUCUAUUGAUACUUCCUGUCUUACAACUGAAAGCCAUGAAACACACCAUGAUUUGUUUUCUUUUACAAAGACUGGUGAGCACUUUGUUUUUCUUGUUUGGUUUGGACUGUUGGUUUACAUUUAUAUCACACAUUUAAAAAAAAGAGCAAAAUAGAAAACAUGAUAAAAAAAAUAUUUUUGUAGGUAGGAAAUGUUAUUAACGUCAUCAAGGGAAACAAGGAAAAGGGUGAAAUUAUCAGAGAGUGAAUUAUAUAAGGGACUCAGCCAGAAUGAUAUAAACAGGCAGAUCGACUGACUGGGAGCCACAAACACUAGCUAAGCAGCAGCAGACUUAUCUUGCCUGACAGCUUGAAACUAACACCCUUUUCUGAACGAGAUGUACACUGUGCCCUUUCAUUGAGAAGCAAUGAGCUCUAAUGUCUUACCUUUGUCUGAAUAUUGCAAUGCAAUGAGCAAUUUUUAUCAGAGUGACUUGUUAUCAUUGUGACAUGUUGUGACAUAUUGUCUGGAGUCAUGUGUAAAGUGGGAGCACGCCAGCUGACUGACUUUUCUGUUCUUCCAUGGGGAGUGCAACUUCUUGAGGGGAUUGAGGUGGGGACGGAGAGACAGAGGUGUAGCUGGAGAUAGGGACUGACCCUUCAUAUUAAAGGGCCUUUUUACUAUGGUAAUCUCUGCUUGGGGAACAGGGUACAACACCAGGUAUCAAGGGAUUAAAGCUAGAUCUGUUCAACGGGUUUUUUGUUUUAUUUGGACUUAACGAAUUGCAUUUUGUUGUUGUUUUUGUUUUUUGUUUUCUGUGUGUGAGAAAUAUGUCUAAGUGAAAACCUAGAGGAACAUUAUCAAUGCCAUUACUUAAAAAGAGAAGCUGGCUCUGUGUCAGCUUCCACCAUUGUGCUCUUUUUGUUGCUGAACGUAAUCUUCAAGUUCAUUUUGUGAGUGAAAUGCUAUUCCAGCAUCCUUGCUUUUCUUCCUGUUGGUGUGUGUACUAUAAGUAUUCUAGUGUGUGUUGGGACCUGCUCUCUCCCCACUCCCCACCAAUCAGAGACAGAGGCAGCCUGGAUCUAUAAAGUGGCCUAACACAACUAUGGGGACAAAAACCUGCGUGUGUUUGGUACAGUGAGAUUCAUCAGUCGUUCUGGAUUCAGGUCACAGAGUUGACCAAUAACCGAGCCUUAUCAAAGUACUGCAAAGAUGUCCCUGGUAGGUCAGUCAAGUAGCACCACUUGUCCUUGAUAUGUUCAUAAAGUGGUAAACACCAGAGAGUCAUUUUCAUCAUUCACAUGUGGGAAAUAAAUGGUAUUCCUAUUUUCUGGGCAGGUAUUUCAUGUUAGCUGUGUUUAGGCUACUAGCCUUAGCCUUAUUCUGCCCUCGGUCUUUCUCAGAGCAGAGAGAGAGAGAUGGAGAGGCUAUGGUGUAAUUUUGUCUUGCCAAUAAAUUUAUUUUUGAAUUUCAUUAUUAGAGGGACAAAGACUUUGUAUGGCGAAUUGUAGCAAUACCUGACUCAUUCUGGCUACUCUUGUUUAUUGCAAUAAGAAAAUUAAACAAUAAAUGUGUAUGUGAGUAAAACAUUAUAAAUGUAAUUUAAAUGAAAAAGAAACUUUAUGGUAAGUACUACUGGUAUCAAGAGAAACCAUGGUGGAAAAAAGUAAAUGUCAAUAAAUCAUUAAAUGAUA